AUGCCGACCCCCAUCGAUCGCGCGGUGCAACAACGUGGCCCUUUCUUCGCUUUUGCCGCAGUCGUCGCUGGUGUAGCAGCAUGGAGCAUCUGGGGACAAGACAUCUUCCCUAGUCAAGACCCUACUGGCGACCCAGAAACAUGGACACAUGAUCAAUGCGUUACCUGGCUCAAGCACAGAAACCUACACCCCUCUCCCAUCGCAACAACCGCUGAGCUACUGGAGCGGAUCAAGGCGAAUAUGAGGGUAGCCAGAGAGCGAACACCGGGUCAAUGA